UCUCUCUCUCUUUCUCUCUCUCUCUCUCUCUCUCUCUCUCUAUCUCUAUCUCCCUUUCGCUCCGCCUCCGCCCAUGACUACCAGUAUAUCAACGAUAGCCGGACACGCAUGAAACCGUUUUUAUGCUUUUGGCACAAAGGGUCCUAGUGGGAAAAGCUAUCACCAGAAUGCACCACGUCUACUAAGUUGUAAGGCAUAUCGCUUUUGGCUGGACUGUUUCUGACUUGUGUGGCCACAGCGGUGCAGCAGACAGGUGACUUGGAGCUGGAGCCCGGAGAAUGGUAGAGUGCAGGAUGGCAAUGAACCAUGGACGAUUCCCUGAGGCAGUAAACGGACUCCACCACCACCAGCACCCAGCACGAAGACUGGCUAUGGGACAGUUCUCCCACUCGCUGCACCAUCAGCCACAGCCACAGCCUCACGGUUACACCGGAAUCAUCACCGACCACAUGCAUUUUGGAGCGGGAAACGUGUCGGCAAACCACGGCAUCCGAUCGGGGAGUGUAAAUGCUGGACAUCCAAACGGCAACGUGCCACCGGGUGCGCGCUACAGCUCGCAAUAUGUGGGCUCAAACGCGGUGGCGUCUCAAGGACAAUUGGCAGCGAGCAUGCAGCUGCAGAAGCUGAACACGCAGUAUUACAGCCACCACGCACACCCCUCCGCCCAUCACCACUACAUGCACGAGAUGCAUCCCGCGAACCAUCAGCUAAACGGAACGGGACAACAGUUCCGAGACGCAGGCACCAAACUCGGUGGUGCGUCCGGUCUCCCUCCGUCCACGCAUCAUGUACCCGCAGCAAUACUGCCCCCUAACGUCAUAGACACGGAUUUUAUCGACGAGGAAGUUCUGAUGUCACUGGUGGUAGAGAUGGGCUUGGACCGAAUCAAGGAGUUACCUGAACUGUGGCUGGGACAGAAUGAGUUUGACUUUAUGACGGACUUUGUGUGUAAGCAGCAGCCUAGCAGAGUGAGCUGCUGACAUCGUUCUUUUUUCGUUCGGCCGAUCAGACUGGAACUAUUGCUUUAGUCCCAGACAAGACUGACAAAGACCUUCCCAGUGACCCAGAACUACAAACACGAUGGCCGAUGUCCUCGGUUGUUUUGAGGAUGUCCAAACUCUGCAGGUAGUGUAGGGAUAGAGUUGACGUCACGUGACACAGGAGUGUGUACCCCGUGGAUAUCGCUCCGGUCUCAUUGAUAAAAAGACAAAAAUCCUCUGCAAAAUGAAUACACCAUGUGCACCAUGCCGGAGCAAGACGAUACACACUAAGGAGAUGCGACCAAGCCAAUAUGAGUAGAAGUACUAACAAUAGGCUAUGUUUUAAGUGUUUUGUGUGUGGAAGGUCGAAGUCAGCUAAAAAACAGUGUGCUUGAUUGUUUCUUUUGCAGCGGCAUUCAAGUAUUAUGAACGAAACAGAAGUGGUCUGCUGUCGUAAGAUCACGAGGCGGUUAAGCCAACAUGUUUGUAGAGGAGUAAUAUGUGAUCGUUCUCUACAAUACAGUGCUGUACUAUUCUGUGGUCAUACUUAUUCACAACACAUUAUCAGUGUUCCCAUUGCUGCUCAUUGAUUUGUCUGUCAUGUUUAAGAAAAAAACACCAGUUCAUGUUGCCGCCAUUUCUGCAGGUGUCCCAUAGUGUCCCGGACGCCAGAGUAAAAAAAGGGGAGAGAGCUCACUUGAUUACUUUGAGUCACAGUAAAGGUUUAUCAAAAAUAAUAUUUUGUGAUGAUAUCAUGUGGUAUUCCAUUUUCAACGUGAGUCAAAACUGGGUGAAGUGUGCACAGUUUAACUAAAGGAACACUGGUUGACAAUAUGCUGUCCACUAGGAGAAAAACGAGUCUGUGGGGAUGGACUUUUCUGGCUUCAAGCUGCACAAUGCUGUCCCUACCCCGAACAUAUCCCCAUCCUCACCUUCCCACUCCCAUCCUCACCCCAGCACCUUCUAUCCUAACCUCCCACUCCCCAUUCUUACCCCCCAUAUCCUAAACCCAUUCCUUACCUCCCCACCGUCCAUCCUUACCCCUAUCCUCAACCCAGCACCUUCCAUCCUCACCCCCCCACCCUCUAUUCUUACCCCCACCCCACACCCUCCAUCCUCACCCCUCCACCCAUCCUCACCCUCAUGCUUUUAUACGUCAACAGUAAAUGCUGUUGGAUGUUGAUUUCUCAUCCCUGCUCGUCUCUUCGUCUUUCUUUAUCACCCUUCUCCCUCUCGUCCUCUUGUUCUCCGUCUCUUGCUUUCUCCCUCUCUCCCUCUGCCAGAUGUUCCCUAUAGCAGCCACCACUGUGCUUCUCUAGUGCGCUACAUGGCAAUAUACUACUGUGUUGGAAGCUUUCUAGGAAAGUUUUGACAGUAUUUUUGUACAUUUUUUUAGAUGAAAAUUUUAAUUUAUUCUAUUUUAAUUUGCAAACAUGAAUAAAGCAGCUGGAGUGCA